CGGAAGAAGGUCUUUAAAUCGCACUUCGAGGAGGAAAUCGAACAGAUUUUAGGGCCAAAAAACUUUUUUAACCCUGAAAAACAGCCUGAGCUCUCCCCCCCCCCCCCCCCCGCCCACCCCCAGGGGACAGCCCACACCAUGAAUCUGGGCAAACUGUUCAACUUUAAAGGAAAGGGUACAAAAGCCCCAACUCCACAAGAUGCUAUUCAGAAGCUGGCAGAGACGGAGGGAAUUUUGGUGAAAAAACAGGAAUUUCUGGAGCAGAAGGUUCAGCAGGAAAUCGCAACAGCGCGAAAACACGGAACGAAAAAUAAGAGAGCUGCCUUGCAAGCCCUCAAGAGAAAAAAGAGAUAUGAACAGCAAUUAUCGCAGAUCGACGGCACUCUGUCCACACUGGAGUUCCAGAGAGAAGCUUUGGAGAAUGCAACAACGAACACAGAAGUCUUAAAAACUAUGUCCGAGGCAGCGAAGGCGAUGAAAUCAGCUCAUCAGAACAUGGACAUUGACAAAGUGGAUGAGUUAAUGUCUGACAUCACGGAGCAACAAGAUCUAGCUCAGGAAAUCUCGGACGCAAUCUCCCGGCCAGUCGGAUUUGGCGAUGAUGUGGAUGAGGACGAUUUGAUGGCAGAGUUAGAGGAGAUGGAACAGGAAGAUUUGGAGAGAGAUUUACUGAACGUCGGAGAAGAAAACGUAGAGGAUUUAUCUCCAGAAGCUUUGCCAACAGUCCCAGGACACAAAGUUGAAGAUGAUGAUGAUGAGUUGAAAGAACUUGAGAAUUGGGCUUCAUAAACCUCUCUUUCCGUCUCUCUCGCUCUCUCUCUCUCUCUCUUUCUCCCUCCGUCUCUCUCUCUCUCUCUCUCUCUCUCCAUCCAUCUCUCUUUCUCUCGCUCCCUGUCUCUCUCCCUGUCUCUUUCUCUCUCUCUGGGGAUAUCUGGAAUGUAUAACCUUAAUUUUAAUCAGUAAUUAUUUUUUUUUUUGAGAUUAAUAAACUGUGCCGAAGAUA